GUUCAGAGUCAGUUGAAUAUUUUAAGCGAAUAUGUGGAUCUGUAAAUUAGUUAUAUAUUCUCUGCUCACCGGAUUUGUAGCGGCUCAGAUUUGUGAAGUCCCGUAUAAUAGACAUUUCCAUGGAAAACACAUUCAAGGCAAACUAAAGCAAUGCUGCAGGGGCUACAGAAAAUUAGGCACUACCAAACUCAAUUGUGUGCCAAUUUGUAAAAACGCCUGCUCGAAUGGCAAAUGCACAAAACCAAAUGAGUGUACCUGCAAUGUGGGCUAUGUGAACUUAAACCGUAUUAAAUCAAACCGCUGUGUAUCCUAUUGCAAGGGCUGCAAUCAUGGAGAAUGCCUAGCCCCUGGCCGCUGUGUCUGUAACGGGGGCUACCAGCUGGAUAGCAAGACCGGCAACUGUGUGCCCCAAUGUGCCGGUGGCUGCCCCAAUGGCACUUGCACUUCGCCCAACAGGUGCAGCUGCAACAAAGGAUACACGCUGAAUGCCACCACCCAGGUGUGCCAGCCCACCUGCGAGGAUAACUGCCAGCGAUUCAAUGGAUUCUGUGCGGCGCCCAACCGAUGUGAUUGCAAUUCCGGCUAUGUUCUAAAACCGAACUCGAAAACCUUCGCCUGCCAGCCCGUUUGUAAAAAUGGUUGCAAAAACGGAGUUUGCCGAGCUCCCGAAGUCUGUGAGUGCAAUAAAUUCUUUCAGAAAGAUGCCGAUAAGAACUGCAGCCCCAUCUGCGAGGGGGGAUGCGUGAAUGCAAAGUGUACGAAGCCGGACGUCUGUGAGUGCCGUCCGGGUUAUACGCCAAUCAGCCCAAAUGUCUGUCUGGCCGUUUGUCCAUCGGGCUGCAAAAACGGCGACUGCGUGGCGCCGGAUGUGUGCUCCUGCCACCCAGGGCACUCCAAGCUGGACGGCGUCUGCUCUCCUGUUUGCGAGGAUGGAUGUGGAUGUGAGAACGGAUUCUGUAUUUCACCUGAUAAAUGUUCGUGCAAUGAAGGAUAUGAAAUGGAUAUUGAAAACAAAUGUACUCCGAUUUGCAAAGGUGGAUGUGAGAACGGAUUCUGUAUUUCACCUGAAAAGUGUUCCUGCAAUGAAGGAUACGAGAUGAAUAAUGGCAACAAAUGUACUCCGAUUUGCAAAGGUGGAUGUGAGAACGGAUUCUGUAUUUCACCUGAUAAAUGUUCGUGCAAUGAAGGAUAUGAAAUGGAUAUUGAAAAAAAAUGUACUCCGAUUUGCAAAGGUGGAUGUGAGAACGGAUUCUGUAUUUCACCUGAUAAAUGUUCGUGCAAUAAAGGAUAUGAAAUGGAUAUUGAAAACAAAUGUCUUCCAGUUUGCGAAGGUGGAUGUGAGAACGGAUUCUGUAUUUCACCUGAUAAAUGUUCUUGCAAUGAAGGAUAUCAGAUGGAUAUUGAGAACAAAUGUAUUCCAGUUUGCGAAGGUGGAUGUGAGAACGGAUUCUGUAUUUCACCUGAUAAGUGUUCCUGCAAUGAAGGAUACGAGAUGAAUAAUGGCAAUAAAUGUACUCCGAUUUGCAAAGGUGGAUGUGAGAACGGAUUCUGUAUUUCACCUGAUAAAUGUUUGUGCAAUGAAGGAUAUGAAAUGGAUAUUGAAAACAAAUGUACUCCGAAUUGCAAAGGUGGAUGUGAGAACGGAUUCUGUAUUUCACCUGAUAAAUGUUCUUGCAAUGAAGGAUAUCAGAUGGAUAUUGAGAACAAAUGUAUUCCAGUUUGCGAAGGUGGAUGUGAGAACGGAUUCUGUAUUUCACCUGAUAAAUGUUCGUGCAAUGAAGGAUAUGAAAUGGAUAUUGAAAAAAAAUGUACUCCGAUUUGCAAAGGUGGAUGUGAGAACGGAUUCUGUAUUUCACCUGAUAAAUGUUCGUGCAAUAAAGGAUAUGAAAUGGAUAUUGAAAACAAAUGUAUUCCAGUUUGCGAAGGUGGAUGUGAGAACGGAUUCUGUAUUUCACCUGAUAAGUGUUCCUGCAAUGAAGGAUAUCAGAUGGAUAUUGAGAACAAAUGUAUUCCAGUUUGCGAAGGUGGAUGUGAGAACGGAUUCUGUAUUUCACCUGAUAAGUGUUCCUGCAAUGAAGGAUACGAGAUGAAUAAUGGCAAAGGUGGAUGUGAGAACGGAUUCUGUAUUUCACCUGAUAAAUGUUUGUGCAAUGAAGGAUAUGAAAUGGAUAUUGAAAACAAAUGUACUCCGAAUUGCAAAGGUGGAUGUGAGAACGGAUUCUGUAUUUCACCUGAUAAAUGUUCUUGCAAUGAAGGAUAUCAGAUGGAUAUUGAGAACAAAUGUAUUCCAGUUUGCGAAGGUGGAUGUGAGAACGGAUUCUGUAUUUCACCUGAUAAGUGUUCCUGCAAUGAAGGAUACGAGAUGAAUACUGGCGACAAAUGUACUCCGAUUUGCAAAGGUGGAUGUGAGAACGGAUUCUGUAUUUCACCUGAUAAAUGUUCGUGCAAUGAAGGAUAUGAAAUGGAUAUUGAAAACAAAUGCAUUCCAGUUUGCGAAGGUGGAUGUGAGAACGGAUUCUGUAUUUCACCUGAUAAAUGUUCCUGCAAUGAAGGAUACGAGAUGAAUAAUGGCAACAAAUGUACUCCGAUUUGCAAAGGUGGAUGUGAGAACGGAUUCUGUAUUUCACCUGAUAAAUGUUCGUGCAAUGAAGGAUAUGAAAUGGAUAUUGAAAACAAAUGCAUUCCAGUUUGCGAAGGUGGAUGUGAGAACGGAUUCUGUAUUUCACCUGAUAAAUGUUCUUGCAAUGAAGGAUAUGAAAUGGAUAUUGAAAACAAAUGCAUUCCAGUUUGCGAAGGUGGAUGUGAGAACGGACUCUGUUCCGCUCCCGGAAUAUGUUCAUGCAAUGAGGGAUAUGCCCAUGCGGGUAACGAGACUUGUAUUCCAACCUGUAAGAAGGGAUGUCAAAAUGGAUUAUGUAAGUUGCCUGGGCAGUGUCAGUGUCUCGACGGGUUUAAAAAGUCGGUAGAUGGUAAUUGCGAGCUUCACUGUCCCAGUUCAUGUCGGAAUGGCAAAUGCAUAUCUCCAGGUAUUUGCAAGUGUGAUGACGGCUUUAUUUUUGAUGGGCAAACUGGAAGCUGUUUGCCUGAGAAUGAAAAGCUUGUUGAUACGGACUGCCAUCAGUCUUGCCAGAAUGGAACCUGCUUGGACGGAAUAUGUACGUGUGAGGAUAACUAUAAACUGCACAGAGAUAGGAUCGACAAUCGAAGGCUAUCCUGCCUCCCAAUUUGUGAGCCUGAGUGCAUCAACGGAUACUGUGAAGCACCAGGGAUAUGCGCCUGUUUCGAUGGCGAAAGUCCAAGUGAUGGUUAUCAUUGCCCAUCUUGGGAUUCAUCCGAGGCCCUGGAAUCAUCUAAAUAUAAGAAAAAACAGAUUAAGCACUUAAAGUGGAUAUUUGUUACCAUUGCAGUGGUCGCCUUGGUAUUGGCGAUUGUGAUUGCCAUGCUCAUGAUGCAUAUUUUUAAGAAGCAUUCUUAUCGAGUGGACGAGAACGAAAAGAAAUUCGGCGUAUACUUCUCUGCAAAAAUGGCGGACAUAAUUCGAGCCUGAUUUUUGACUAAAAACCAGCAAUAUUCUCAUUAUUUAAUAAAGCGUAGAAAUGAAAUUGA